AUAUUCAGCACCUCUUAUUACGCGGUCAUUCCUUAUGCAAUAUUAUGGUAAUAAAACCCCUUCUGUCACUAUUCCUACUUCAUUAUUUGAUUUUAUUGUGAAAGUUUUCACAGCAAUGAGUUUAGAAAGUAAAGAAUUAUUACAAAAAUCACUUGGGUUUGGGUUAAAAGAAAAUGUAAUUUAUCUUCUAGAACAAACAUGGCAGAAAGAAUUUUACAGAAUUGGACAACGUCAGUUUGGACAUUGUUAUUUUUUAUCAUGUGAUGUAGGUGCUACUUUUGCAUGUGAUGGAUAUAUCAAUUUCUAUGUGGGUGGACAAUUGAAAUCUUAA